AUGACUACAAUCUCCUUUAGCAUGCCUGUGCCAGUUAGGCGCACCGAUUCCGACAUCUCUCCCAAGACGAUUGAUCCACCGCAACCACGAGACUCAAAUUCGUAUGACGCCAAAGUCGACUAUUUCCCAGACUCAAACACAGUCGAUGGGUCCAAUACUAGUGUGAGGGCCAGCGAUGGUGACGACGAUUCUUCAGCACACAAGUCCAGUAUCUCAUUCGCGCCCGAUCCACGACCCGACCGCAGUUCAAGCCGAGAGAGUGACAAAACUCCAGCACCGAAUCAGGACUCCAUGGUACAAAGGAAAUCGUCCACCGGCUCUGUUUCCUUCCGCCGAAUGACGAAUCCUAAAUUGCCCCAGGGACAACCUCAACAAAUGAGCAACCAUCGCAUUCGUGCCACUGGUCAGAUUGAACCCAAAGCAGCAUUGUUGGAGCUCGAUGUGACGCCAUGCCAAGAACGUGUCGCGUGGGAAGGCAAGGGCUUCGGUAUCGACAUUGCUUUCACACAAGGCUACGGUUAUUAG